AUGCCGUGUGGUCCGCAGGAAGCACAGCCGGAAGGGGUGAGCAAGGACUUGGCGAGCGUCUACAAGCGCAUGGAGGAGUGGAGGUCGGAGAUCGACUCUCCGACCACGGCCGUCUCGGACUUGCCGGUGUCGGGGUCAGAGAUUCAGAACUCGGAAGAGGCCACGGUGGAAGAAGAAGCUGCGGAUGCCUCCGGAUACGGAACUUCGGAUGAGACGCUGGAGUCGACGCCGACGCACGCGCCGGAAGACCACGAGGUCGUGGUUGAUGAAGGUGUUCAUUCGGCCGCCAAUCCUGGAAGCUAUGGGCAUCCAGAGGUGUGCCGCAAGCCUUGUGUCUUUUUCCAAGUCGGCCAGUGCGAGAACGGCGACGCUUGCGGCUACUGCCACCUUCGCCACGAGAAGCGUCUGCGCCUGCCAGACCGGAGGCAGCGCAGCGUUCUCCGGAAACUGAACAAAUCGGAGCUGCUGCACACCUUUCUGCCGAUACUCUGGUCUGAGGCUCGGCGGGCGGGCAUUGUGCAGCAAGCUGAGCACGUUCUCGAGAUUUUGGAGGCCGCCUUGAGUACACAGGGCACGCCUCGAGCAGCCAAGCUCGUCGGUGACGAUGCAGAGUAUCUGAAGGACCUUCUGCUUCGAAUGUCCUUCGGCAGCUUGAUGGCAAUGCUGCUUCACAACAUGCAGCCGGGUGUAUUUGUGGAUGCCGCUCGUCACGAGAUGGAGAAGCUGCGGCGAACUGUGCAAGUCAAUGCUUGA